CCACCUGUUCUCUCUCUCUCUCUCUCUCUCUCUCCCCCCUCCUUAUCCCCAAAACCGCCAUUUGCCAAUUUCUCAAAACAAACCCUAAACGUAAACAGACCUCAAUCUCUCAUUUGGGAAGAUUACCUGAGACCUUUGAUCCACGGAAGAUGAUGUUGAGACAAGCUGCAAACAAGCUUUUUGGGCUGGCGACGAGGGAGGUCCCUGCACGGCCUGUCCAGAUUCUGUCGCGUCUGUACCACGAGAACGUUAUUGAUCACUACAACAACCCUCGAAAUGUUGGUUCUUUUGACAAGAACGAUCCUACUGUGGGAACGGGGCUCGUUGGUGCGCCUGCUUGCGGAGAUGUAAUGAAGUUGCAGAUUAAGGUUGAUGACAAAACGGGACAAAUAAUGGACGCUUGCUUCAAGACCUUUGGUUGUGGGUCGGCCAUCGCUUCUUCUUCAGUCGCUACUGAAUGGGUGAAAGGGAAAGCAAUGGAAGAAGUUCUAUCGAUUAAAAACACGGAGAUUGCCAAGCAUCUUUCUCUGCCACCAGUGAAGCUGCACUGCAGCAUGCUUGCAGAGGAUGCUAUCAAGGCAGCUGUUAAAGAUUAUAAAGAGAAACAGGCAAAAUCAAACCCCAAGGAGGCUGGCCAAGUUGAGAAAGCUGCUAGCGCUUAAUACUGACUCUGUAAAUGAUGAUGAAAAAUUUCUACUAUGCCAUAUCUACCGACUGUAAUUUGUUUGGGUAAAGUACUCUUGUAACCUUGUGAAGUCAAAAAUAUUUCUGGGGCUCACUCAGUAAACAAAAUAAAAUCUGCUAUCUUCAGAUGGUGUUUUGGUAAA